UUGCCGCGCGCCUAUCAGGCAGUCGACAAGCAGUCACCUGCUGGUUCGGAAGGUCUGGCCAUACCAACCAUGACAGUGCUGCAACAGCAUUGCGGCUUUUGGGACAGGGAUAACGAUGGCCGUAUCUACCCGCUCGACACAUACAGAGGCUGUCGAGAGCUGGGCAUGUCAGUGCUGCUGAGCUUGGGAUUCACAUGGCUGCUGCACUUCACGCUGCUGGUGCCGUACAUGACGCAAGAUAGCUGGAUCUUGCAUCCUUACCUUUGCAUCUACCUGAAGAACAUCCACCGCAUCAAACACGCCAGCGACUCGGGAGUCUUUGACGAGGAGGGCCGCAUGUAUCCCGGGAAGCUGGAGCAAAUCUGGAGCAUUCUGGGCGCAGAGGAGCUCCGCAGCUACGGCGACGUCAAGCGGCUUGUGUGGGCCAAUAAGGACGUCGGCGAUCCCAUUGGCUGGAUGGCCUCCACUAUUUCCUGGUCCCUGCUGUGGUGGGUAGCACGCGACGAAAGCGGCGUGGUGAGUCGCGAAGCGCUGCGCUCAUGUUAUGAUGGAACCCUCUUCUAUCACAUUGCUGAGAAGCGUCGUGCCCGGGCGCUGUCGUCCAAGUACGAAUGA